UUUAGUUUUAUCAGGACGUUCUCCUGCGUAGCAGGAACUUUAGAAGGGGAAGAAUUAUGAAGGAGGACAGGGAUUCAAUUAUGUCCGAUGUCCCCAGCAAUGCGCCGGAACACUGUCCUGGGACCACCAGUGAAAAGGCAGGGAAGGGCUCAGCAUGCCAGGGCUGUCCGAACCAGACGCUCUGUGCCUCCGGUGCCACCAAGGCUCCCGACCCCGCCAUCGCGGAGAUAGCGGAGAAGAUGCUGACGGUGAAGCACAAGAUCCUGGUGCUCUCUGGGAAAGGCGGGGUGGGGAAGAGCACGUUCAGCGCCCACCUGGCCCACGCGCUGGCCAGCGACGCCAGCAAGGAGGUGGCCGUGCUUGACGUGGACAUCUGUGGGCCCUCUAUCCCGAGGAUCAUGGGUCUGGACGGAGAACAGGUCCAUCAGAGUGGCUCCGGUUGGUCCCCCGUGUACGUGGAGGAGAACCUGGCCGUCAUGUCCAUCGGCUUCCUGCUCAGCAGCCCAGACGACGCCGUCAUCUGGAGAGGGCCCAAGAAGAACGGCAUGAUCAAGCAGUUCUUGAGGGAUGUUGAUUGGGGGGACCUGGAUUACCUCAUCGUGGACACGCCCCCUGGCACCUCAGACGAGCAUCUGUCCAUCGUCCAGUACCUGAGCACUGCUGGCAUUGAUGGGGCUGUUAUCAUCACCACACCUCAGGAGGUGUCGCUGCAGGACGUGCGCAAGGAGAUCCGGUUCUGCCAGAAGGUCAAGCUGCCAAUCAUCGGCGUGGUGGAGAACAUGAGUGGCUUCGUCUGCCCCAAGUGCAAGAACACGUCGCAGAUCUUCCCUCCGACCACCGGGGGCGCUGAGCGUAUGUGCGAGGAGCUGGGGCUCCGCCUGCUGGGCAAGGUGCCCCUGGACCCCAGGAUCGGGCGCAGCUGCGACGAGGGGCGGUCCUUCCUCGCCGAGGUGCCCGACUCCCCCGCGGCCCUGGCCUACAGCCGCAUCGUGGAGAGCAUCCAGGAAUAUUGUUCCAACCUCCUCACCGAGGAGCAGAGACUGGACUGACACAGCGGGCCUAUUGCACUGCCCUAUUGAUUAUAUGUUGUUCCAGGACCCAGGGUUUGAUUCCCUGCUCUCCAAGAGAUCCCUGUUUACGUGGGCGAUGGACUCGGUAGCAGCUCAGUCAUUGGCCGAGAGGAGACGAGACUCAUCGAUGAGCUUCAGCAAUAGACGGAUAGAUGGACAUUCCUUUAUUACAUGGAUGGUAAAUGUUUUUUAAGGAUACUUGCUGGCUGUGAAUCCAUUUUGAUCAGUGUCCUAAAGUGACACACACUAGUGUUUAUGUCACUUUAAUUAUGUCUAUCAUUCUUCAUAUUUUUAUAUGAAUUUGUGUAUAGGUUUUUUUUUUUGUAUGAUUCACCUGUAAUUACUGAUCAA